AAAAUCUUACGUAAUAUCUAAAACAUCCGGACAUCCCAAUCCUGUGAUGGCAACGCAUCGCCUUUGGUGAGUUGGGCCCCUCAAAACAGCAUACAUUCACCAUUGAUCUUUAUACACACCGACUCGUAUUCUUCUUUUGCAUACAUAUAGAGGGACAUCAGCGAGAUUACGAUACCAGGACAGAGAUAUGAGCGAGGAGGUGGAUUUAUUUAUGGCUGUUACCGGGUGUGAAGACCCUUCAAUGGCCCAAAACUUCCUGGAGAUGGCCCAGAACAAUAUGGAUACUGCUGUGUCGCUAUACUACGAACACGGGCCAUCAGGUGGCGGCAACUCUACGAAUAAUGACUUGAGCAACGUUGGCUCUGGUGAAGAUGACGAGGCUCUUGCACAGAGACUACAGAAUGAGGCCUAUCAGGACAAUACCAGAGCACCUGAUGAAGCUAGGCAUGAGAGGCUGGUUGAUGAUUUGAACAUCUUCCCCGGUACAUUUGGCGGUGUUGGAGGGAGUUUCAACCCACUGUUGAAUAACCCAGACCAACUGAUCUAUGGGAACCAACGCAGAGGUAUAUUCAACCAAAGAGACAGUGGCUAUGGAAAUGAUGACUCAGAUGGCUCAGAUGCUGAUUCAGAUGAAGAGUUCAGUGGGAUGACUGAGGGCCAAAAGAGGCUGGCUAAGCUGUUUAGACCACCUUUUGAUAUCAUGGAGAAGUUGGAUUUGGAUUCUGCAAAGAGGAAAGCCAGACAAGAGUCUAAGUGGAUUCUGAUAAAUAUUCAAGACCCUUCGGAUUUCCUGUGCCAGACUUUGAAUAGAGAUUUCUGGAAGAGCACCACUGUCAAAGAGCUUGUCAGGGAACAUUUUGUAUUCCUACAAUACCACAGUGAUUCAAGAAGCGGUGAGCAAUACAUCAAUUUUUAUCCAUUCAAGGAGUACCCACACAUUGCCAUAUUGGAUCCAAUUACAGGUGAACGGAUGAAGAUGUGGUCUGGCGUACCAAAAGUUCAAAAAUGGUGUGAUGAAGUUUACAAUUUCCUGAACGACUUCUCAUUGGAUCCAAACUCGGUGAACCCAAUAGUCCAACACAAGCAGCAUAUAGAUCCAAAUACUCUAUCCGAGGAAAAGCAGAUGGAGUACGCUAUCAAACAAUCGUUGGGAGACUCAGCAUCAAGCGAUGAGGACGAUAGCGACCUGGAGAUGUUGAGUGGUGGGGAUGAAGAUAACCCGUUGGUGAUCGACGAUGAACAAGAAGGUGAGACUGAAAGUAUAAUUACGAAGCCUGCUUCAGAAGCUAAAGAACUUACAGAGGAAGAGAAAGUGAAGCAGAUUGAACCACUGAACUAUGAGGAACCUCCUCAAUCACCAGAAACCACAAGAAUUCAGAUAAGAACAGGCGAUGGUUCUAGAAUAGUUAAGAGAUUCAACAUCGAUGACAAAGUGCUGAAGUUAUACCAAGUUGUGAAGUAUGAGUUCAAGGACAAGAUUGGAGACGGCUUCUUCUCAUUAACAAGUCAAAGGGAGAAUCUCAUCAACAAGUUGGACGAUACAAUAGCCGAUGCUGGCUUGAAGAAUGCGUCAACACUGUUAGAAAUAAUGCAAGAUAAUGAAUAGGCCACGUCAAGUCUAUAACUAUUGAUUAAUUCUAUACUCAAAUAGCCAAUUACAACAUAUUAUACGAAAGUUCCAUAUAUUCCGGAUCAGAACAACAAAAUCAACCAACCAUACGUAGGUACUUGACAUUAAUCAAUACUUGCUUCAAGU